AUGUACACCUUGAUGGGAGGAGGCCUGCUAUGUGCAGUGUCUGGCUUGGUCCUCCUCAUUGUUGCAACAGCCACAGACUUUUGGAUGCAAUAUCGUUAUUCAGGCAACUUGAGCAAUCAGGGACUAUGGCGAUUCUGUGUGGCAGGAAAAUGUCACGCCCACACCAUCACUGUUGCUUUCUGGGAUGCCACCCGAGCAUUUAUGCUGCUGUCCAUCCUCUCUUGUUUUGCCGGCAUUAUCCUAGGACUCACAGCUUUUUCUAGUGGUGCCAAGUCAGCUAGAACUCGCUCAGCGGGGGUCACACUGUUAAUUGCAGGAUUCUUUGCUCUUCUGGCUUUAUCCGUUUAUACUGGGGUGACUGUCAAUUUCUUUGGAAAGCGCUAUGCAGACUGGCGAUUCUCCUGGUCAUACAUUUUGGGCUGGAUUGGUAUCAUUCUUACAGUAUCUGCAGGUAUUUUCCACAUCUGUGCUUAUACAAGGAACAGCUCCCAAGAUGCUGCUAACGUGUCCAGUGGAUGA